UAGUCCCAGCUGCUUCAUACCACAGCCACAGAGUAGAACCACGCUGGCCUCUAGUAACCUUCACCAGCCUGUAGGCCACGAGCUUAUGGGCGACGUCUCUGUUAAGGUUUGGUUUUAAGGCUUCGGGAGGAUGGCUGAAGCUGCAGAUGGAGAGGAAGAGAUUCAGUUCCUGCGCACGGAUGAUCACGUGGUGCUGCAGUGCACCGCAUCAAUUCUUAAGGAACAGAUCAAGCUGUGUCUGUCGUGUGAGGGAUUUGGAAAUCGUUUAUGUUUCCUUGAGACCACCUCGAAUGCUCAGAAUGUGCCUCCAGAUCUCGCUAUUUGCUGCUUCAUUUUGGAGCAGUCCCUCUCUGUGCGGGCAUUACAGGAGAUGCUGUCCAACUCCUCUGUGGAUGAGGCUGUGGAUUUGGACAAAUGGUCAUCACAAGGUGGGGGCCACCGAACCCUGCUGUACGGCCAUGCCAUCCUCUUAAAACAUACUCACUCAAGUAUGUACUUGAGCUGUUUGACUACUUCACGCUCCCUCACAGACAAACUAGCUUUUGAUGUAGGCUUGCAAGAAGACUCCACAGGAGAAGCCUGCUGGUGGACUAUCCACCCUGCCUCCAAGCAGAGGUCUGAAGGUGAGAAGGUCAGGGUGGGAGAUGACCUCAUUCUUGUCAGUGUUUCGUCAGAGCGGUACCUUCAUCUCUCCUACGCCAGUGGUGACUUGAUGGUAGAUGCUUCCUUCAUGCAAACUCUUUGGACCAUGACCCCCGUGAUGUCUGGAUGUGAGCUAGCUGAAGGUUUUUUGACUGGAGGGUAUGUGCUCAGACUGUUUCAUGGUCACAUGGAUGAGUGUUUGGCAAUCCCAGGAGCUGACCAAGGCGACGACCAGCGCAGAGUUGGUCAUUAUGAAGGAGGGCCUGUCUGCAGUCAUGCUCGAUCACUAUGGAGACUUGAGCCACUGCGUAUUGCUUGGAGUGGAGGUCACAUUAAGUGGGGCCAAUCUUUCCGAGUACGUCACAUAACAACAGGCAGAUACCUUUUCCUGGAUGAAGAGAAGGGCCUGCUGUUGGUGGACCCGGAGAAAGCUAAUUCCAAGAUGUCAGCUUUCUGCUUCAGAAUUUCCAAGGAAAAAAUUGAAGUGACCCAGAAGCGAGAUGUGGAAGGCAUGGGCAUACCAGAGAUCAAGUAUGGAGAGUCCAUGUGCUUUGUGCAGCACGUUUCUACGGGACUUUGGCUGACGUACGCUGCCGUUGAUGCAAAAUCAGCUCGUCUGGGUCCUUUGAAGAGAAAGGCCAUCCUGCAUAAAGAAGGUCACAUGGAUGAUGCACUCACAGUGGCUCGGUCUCAGACAGAGGAGUCGCAGGCUGCCAGGAUGAUUUACAGCACAACAGGCCUCUUCAAUCAGUUCAUCAAAGGUCUCGAUGCUUUAAGUGGGAAAAACAAAUCUGCGAAUCCCCCCUCUCUACCUAUGGAUGCAGUGGUUCUCUCCCUGCAGGACCUCAUCUUCUACUUCCGCCCCCCCGAGGAGGAGCUGGAGCACGAGGACAAACAGUUCAAGCUUCGCUCUCUCAAGAACAGACAGAACCUCUUCCAGGAAGAGGGAAUGAUUACUCUUGUUCUGGACUGUGUUGAUCGUCUCAAUGUCUACAACUCAGCAGCUCACUUCUCAGAGUAUGCUGGGGAGGAAGCAGCAGAGUCAUGGAAGGAGAUAGUAAACUUACUGUAUGAAUUGCUAGCUUCUUUAAUCAGAGGUAAUCGAGCAAACUGUGCCUUGUUCUGCGAUAACCUUGACUGGCUGGUCAGUAAACUAGACCGUUUGGAAGCAUCUUCAGGAAUCCUGGAAGUGUUAUAUUGUGUUCUAAUUGAAAGUCCAGAGGUGCUGAACAUUAUCCAGGAGAAUCACAUCAAAUCAAUCAUCUCUCUGCUGGAUAAGCAUGGCCGCAAUCACAAGGUCUUGGACGUGCUCUGCUCUUUGUGCGUGUGUAAUGGAGUGGCUGUAAGAUCAAAUCAGAAUCUCAUCACAGAGAAUCUGCUUCCAGGUCGUGACCUCCUGCUUCAAACCAACAUCAUUAAUUACGUAACCAGCAUGAGACCCAAUAUUUUCCUGGGGACCUGUGAAGGAUCCACUCAGUACAAGAAGUGGUACUUUGAGGUGAUGGUGGACCAGGUAGAGCCGUUCCUCACAGCUCAACCGUAUCACCUGCGUGUGGGUUGGGCUCUGACAGAGGGCUACAGUCCAUACCCUGGUGGAGGGGAAGGCUGGGGAGGCAAUGGGGUUGGAGACGACCUCUACUCCUAUGGCUUUGAUGGGCUUCACCUCUGGUCAGGUCGCGUCCCACGGCACGUUGCCACUCCCAACCAGCACAUCCUGGCAGCAGAGGAUGUGAUCAGCUGCUGUCUGGACCUAAGCGUGCCCAGCAUUUCAUUCCGUAUCAACGGGCAUCCUGUGCAGGGGAUGUUUGAGAACUUCAACCUUGAUGGCCUCUUCUUUCCGGUUGUCAGUUUCUCAGCAGGCAUUAAGUUGCGAUUUCUCCUGGGGGGGCGUCAUGGAGAUUUCAAGUUCCUCCCACCUCCUGGCUAUGCUCCGUGCUAUGAGGCAGUUCUGCCCAGGGACCGUUUACGGAUUGAGCCCAUAAAGGAGUAUAAGCACGAUUUCGAUGGUGUUCGCAACCUCCUGGGUCCAACCCAGUCCCUCUCACAUACAGCCUUCACUCCCUGCCCUGUGGACACAAUACAGAUUGUACUUCCUCCUCAUUUGGAGCGCAUUCGAGAGAAGCUUGCAGAAAAUAGCCAUGAGUUAUGGGCUAUAACUCGUAUUGAACAAGGAUGGACCUUUGGACCAUUUCGUGACGAUAACAAGAAGCUGCACCCUUGCCUGGUGGACUUCCAGAGUCUACCUGAACCAGAGAAGAACUACAAUCUGGCGAUGUCAGGAGAGACGCUCAAGACUCUGCUGGCACUAGGCUGUCAUGUAGGAAUGGGAGAUGAGAAAGCGGAGGAGAACCUGAAAAGGACAAAGCUCCCCAAAACUUAUAUGCAGAGUAAUGGAUAUAAGCCAGCUCCUCUGGACCUCAAUCAUGUCAAGCUGACUCCUAAUCAGAACACGCUGGUGGAGAGGUUGGCAGAAAAUGGGCACAAUGUGUGGGCGAGAGACCGAGUUCGCCAGGGUUGGACAUAUAGUAUUGUGCAGGAUAUAAUUAAUAGGCGCAAUCCUCGUCUGGUUCCUUACAACCUGCUGGAUGAGAAGACUAAAAAGACCAACAGAGACACAGUUUGUGCAGCUGUUCGCACUCUCAUCGGAUAUGGCUACAACAUAGAACCACCUGAUCAAGAGAGCAUUGGACAUGGACCAGGAAGCAUCCGCGGUGAUAAGAUCCGAGUAUUCAGAGCAGAGAAGUCUUACGGUGUCACGCAGGGGAAGUGGUACUUUGAGUUUGAGGCCGUAACAGUUGGGGAGAUGAGAGUGGGCUGGGCCAGGCCCAGUGUUCGUGCGGACACUGAACUCGGUGCAGAUGAGUUGGCGUAUGUCUUUAAUGGCUUCAAGGCCCAACGGUGGCACGUGGGAAAUGAGUCUUUUGGGCGUCAGUGGCAAUCGGGUGAUGUGGUUGGUUGCAUGAUUGACCUCACAGAGAUGAAUAUAAUGUUUACACUUAAUGGAGAAAUGUUGAUAAGUGACUCAGGCUCUGAGAUGGCAUUUAAGGACAUCGAGAUAGGAGAAGGCUUCAUACCCGUUUGCAGUCUGGGCUUGUCCCAGGUUGGCAGGAUCAACUUGGGACAGAACGUCAGCAGUCUUCGCUACUUUACCAUCUGCGGCCUGCAGGAGGGAUUUGAACCUUUUGCCAUCAACAUGAAAAGAGACAUUACCAUGUGGUUCAGCAAGAGCCUCCCGCAGUUCAUCAAUGUCCCUAAUGAUCAUCCUCACAUUGAGAAGUCCCGUGUUGAUGGAACUGUGGAAACUGCCCCUUGCCUUAAAGUAACCCACAAAACUUACGGAUCUCAGAACGCCAACACAGACCUGCUGUUCUUCAGAAUCAGCAUGCCCGUCGAGUUUCACGAGACCUUCAAAGUCCCUGCAGGCACGACCCUCCUGACCCGUGCCCUCACCAUUCCAGAGGACGAGGUCUUAGAGGUGGACCCAGACUCCGACUUUGAAAUUCUCAAGAAGUCUGCUACUCGCAAAGAGCAGGAGGAGGAGAAAAAAGAAGCCUCUGUACCUAAAGAUGUCCCUGGUGCCAAAAACGGAGAGAAUGAGAAGGAUGCCUCGACUGAGAAAAGCAAAAAGAAGGGAUUCCUGUUCAAGGCUAAGAAGGCUGCAUUAAUAACCCCACCCCCUGUUGUUCCCACAAUGCCUCGAUUAGUGGAGGAUGUGGUACCAGAUGACAGGGAUGACCCCGACAUCAUCCUCAACACCACAACAUACUAUUACUCAGUGCGAGUGUUUGCGGGACAGGAGCUUGGUGGCGUGUGGGUGGGUUGGAUCACACCUGACUAUCACCAGUAUGACCUUCAUUUCGACAUCAGCAAAGUGAGAAACGUAACAGUCACUGUAGGUGAUGAUAAGGGCAACAUUCACGACAGUAUAAAACGCAGCAACUGCUACAUGGUGUGGGGAGGGGAGUUCAGCGGCUCCCAGCAGACUCGGGUCAGUCAGGAGGAUUUUGUCAUCGGCUGUCUGAUCGAUCUGGACACAGGUCUCAUGACGUUCACAGCUAAUGGAAAAGAGAUCAACACGUUUUAUCAGGUGGAGCCCAACACAAAACUCUUCCCAGCUGCGUUUGUUCUGCCUUCCAGCCAGAAUAUGAUUCAGUUCGAACUAGGCAAGCUCAAGAACAUUUUGCCGAUCUCAGCUGCCAUGUUUCGGAGUGAACGCAAAAACCCCGUCCCCCAGUGCCCUCCUAGACUGGAUGUGCAGAUGUUGACCCCGGUCAUUUGGAGCCGCAUGCCCAACCACUUCCUGGCUCCAGAAACAGGGCGUAUUAACGACAAACUGGGCUGGAUGGUACAGUGUCAGGAACCACUUACCAUGAUGGCUCUCCACAUCCCAGAGGAGAACAGAUGCAUAGACAUCCUGGAACUGUCUGAACGCAUGGACUUGUUGAAAUUCCACUACCACACUCUGAAGCUGUAUGGCUCAGUGUGCGCUUUGGGAAACAACCGCGUGGCUCACGCCCUGUGCAGCCACGUGGACGAGUCCCAGCUCUUCUACGCCAUUGAGAACACGUACCUGCCAGGCCCAAUGAGGAGCGGCUUUUACGACCUGCUCAUCAGCAUGCACCUGGAAUCUGCUAAGAGGAACCGUCUGGGAACCAACAAGGAAUUCAUUGUUCCCAUGACAGACGAAACACGCAGUAUUACCCUGUACUCUGACAAAUCCCACGCGUUACCUGGGGUCGGCCUCACCACUUGUCUACGUCCCAAAUUACAUUUCUCUUCUGUUGGGUUUGUGGGAACAGAUCCAGAUAUCUACACACUGAGCCCUUCCAUCCCCUUAGAGGUGAUGAAGACAAAGGCCUUGAACAUGUUGACGGAGGCUGUACAGGAUGGAGGUCAAGCCAUGAGAGAUCCUGUGGGGGGCAGUGUGGAAUUUCACUUUGUUCCUAUCCUUAAACUCAUCAGUACCCUCCUUAUCAUGGGUGUGUUUGAUGAUGAAGAUGUCACACACAUAUUGAAGAUGAUUGAGCCCACAGUCUUUAGUGGCAAGAAAGCAGAGGAGUCUUCUGAAGAGAACACAAAGUCAAAGGAAGAGAAGGAGCAGAAAGCACCUCUAACAGGAGAAGCGCUGAAAGAAGGAGAGCACGAAGCCAUAGACGGGGAUGAGGAGGAAUAUGAUGAUGAUGGCUUGGGUGAAGAGGAGGAGGAAGAAGAAGAAGAAGAUCUAGAGGAGCCAGAAGAACAUGCAGAAAUUGUGAGCAGAGAGCCAGUUAAUGGGGAGAAAGGAUCUGAGGAAACAGAUAAUGAAUUGAAACCUCCAGAGACAAGUGGAGAAGCUAAAGAAGAUUGUCUAGAGCAGGGUCUUUUCCAAAUGAAGCUUCCAGAAUCUGUGAAAUUGCAGAUGUGUACUCUGCUACAAUAUUUCUGUGACUGUGAGCUGCGCCACAGAGUCGAGGCCAUCAUCGCCUUCUCAGACCAGUUUGUCAGUCAGAUACAGUCCAACCAGCGACAGCGAUACAACGAACUCAUGUUGGCCUUCACCAUGAGCGCUGCUGAGACCGCCCGCAAGACCCGCGAGUUCCGCUCCCCACCGCAGGAGCAGGUCAACAUGCUGAUGAAUUUUAAGAACUGCGCAGAGGACGAAGACUGUCCUGUUCCCGAUGAGGUCCGCGAUGCUCUUCUGUAUUUUAACAAUGCCCUGUUGGCGCACUGCGGUGUUCAUAUUGAAGAGGAAGAAGAGGAGGAAAAAGUGGAUAAUUCUGUCCGUGGACGACUGCUUCGUUUACUGGAAAAAGUGAAUAGCCUCCGUAACAAGAAGGUGGAGGCGGACCCUGAGCCACAGGAAGAUAAAAAACCCAGCACACUACAGGAGUUGAUUUCUCAUACUACGAUCCACUGGGCCCAGGAGUCCUUCAUACAGAACCCAGAGUUAGUGCGCAUGAUGUUCAGCCUACUGCACAGGCAGUAUGAUGGACUGGGGGAGCUCAUACGUGCACUCCCAAAGGCUUACACCAUCAACGCGGUGUCAAUCCAAGACACCAUAGAUCUGCUGGAGUGCUUGGGCCAGAUCCGUUCUCUGCUCAUUGUCCAGAUGGGCCCAGAGGAGGAGAGGCUAAUGAUUCAAAGCAUCGGGAACAUCAUGAGUAACAAAGUUUUCUACCAGCACCCCAACCUAAUGCGAGCUCUGGGAAUGCAUGAAACUGUCAUGGAGGUCAUGGUUAACGUACUCGGAGGCGGUGACUCUAAGGAGAUCAGGUUCCCACGAGUGGUGACAAACUGCUGCCGUUUCCUCUGCUACUUCUGUCGCAUCAGUCGUCAGAAUCAGCGCUCCAUGUUUGACCACCUCAGCUACCUUCUCCAGAACAGUGGCAUCGGCCUGGGAAUGCGGGGCUCCACACCUUUGGAUGUGGCUGCAGCUUCUUGUAUUGACAACAACGAGCUGGCACUGGCUCUGCAGGAGCAGGACCUAGAAAUGGUGGUGAAGUAUUUAGCAGGGUGUGGACUCCAGAGCUGCCCGAUGCUGCUAGCCAAAGGUUACCCUGACAUCGGCUGGAAUCCCUGUGGUGGAGAGAAAUACCUUGACUUUCUUCGCUUUGCUGUCUUUGUCAACGGCGAGAGCGUGGAAGAGAACGCCAAUGUUGUGGUGCGUCUCCUCAUUCGCAGGCCUGAAUGUUUUGGUCCAGCCUUGAGAGGGGAGGGUGGUAAUGGCCUUCUAGCUGCAAUAGAGGAGGCCAUCAAAAUAUCAGAGGAUCCUGCCAGGGAUGGGCCCAGCGUUAAAAAAGACAGACGCUUUCCCAUGUUUGGGGGAGAGGAACAGCAUGAAGAGAACAGGGUGCAUCUGGGAAACUCCAUCAUGUCCUUCUACUCUGCCCUCAUUGACUUGCUGGGACGCUGUGCUCCUGAGAUGCACUUGAUCCAGGCUGGUAAGGGUGAGGCUCUGAGGAUCAGGGCCAUUCUGAGGUCUCUGGUUCCUAUUGAGGAUCUUGUGGGUGUCAUCAGCCUUCCUGUUCAGAUUCCUUGUUUUGGAAAAGACAACAGCAUCAUCGAACCAAAGAUGUCAGCCAGCUUUGUGCCCGACCACAAAGCUCCCAUGGUGCUGUUUCUUGACAGAGUGUAUGGUAUUGACAACCAGGAUUUCCUGCUCCAUGUGCUGGAGGUGGGCUUUUUGCCUGACAUGAGGGCUGCUGCCUCUUUGGACACGGCUGCUUUCAGCACCACAGAGAUGGCCCUCGCUUUGAACCGCUACUUGUGUUCUGCCGUGUUGCCGCUGAUCACCAAGUGUGCCCCGCUCUUCGCUGGCAGCGACCAUCGAGCGAUAAUGAUCGACUCCAUGUUGCACACGAUCUACCGACUGUCUCGUGGGCGCGCUUUCACAAAAGCCCAAAGAGACAUCAUAGAAGAAUGCCUCAUGGCUUUGUGCAAACAUCUACGUCCAUCCAUGCUUCAGCACCUCCUGAGACGGCUAGUGUUUGAUGUGCCCAUUCUUAAUGAGUACGCCAAGAUGCCCCUGAAGCUUUUGACAAAUCACUAUGAGCGUUGUUGGAAAUAUUACUGCCUGCCUAAUGGUUGGGCCAACUUUGGAGUUGCAUCGGAAGAGGAGCUGCAUCUCACGCGCAAACUAUUUUGGGGGAUCUUUGAAUCUCUAGCACACAAGAAAUUUGAUGCUGAGAUUUUCAAAAUUUCCAUGCCGUGCAUCUGCGCCAUUGCUGGAGCCAUUCCCCCUGACUAUGUAGAUGCCAGCUACUCUUCUAAAACAGAAAAAAAGGCAUCGGUGGAUGCUGAGGGAAACUUUGAUCCCAAACCAGUAGAAACCACAAACACUAUCAUCCCUGAGCGGCUGGACCCCUUUAUCAACAGAUAUGCUGAAUAUACACAUGACAAAUGGGCCUUUGAAAAGAUCCAGAGUAACUGGUCUUAUGGUGAGGUGCUGGAUGAAAAUGCAAAGACUCAUCCCAUGCUCAGACCAUACAAAACCUUCUCAGAAAAGGACAAAGAGAUCUAUCGUUGGCCGAUUAAAGAGUCGAUCAAAGCCAUGCUUGCCUGGGAGUGGAACAUAGAAAAAGCCAGAGAGGAAGAAGAGUCAGAGAAGAAGAAGGCAGCAUCCAGGAAAAUCUCCCAGACCGCUCAGGCCACUUACGACCCAAGCCAUGGUUACAGUCCGCAGCCCAUCGAUAUUUCCCAUAUGGCUCUUUCAAGGGACUUACAAUCUAUGGCAGAGCAGCUGGCAGAAAACUACCACAACACCUGGGGAAGGAAGAAAAAGAUGGAGCUGCAGUCUAAAGGAGGGGGGACACAUCCUCUGCUGGUGCCUUAUGACACUCUGACAGCAAAAGAAAAGGCACGUGACCGAGAGAAGGCUUAUGAGCUGCUCAAGUUCCUGCAGCUUAAUGGAUAUGCCGUCACAAGGGGCCUGAAAGACAUGGAGUCUGAUAUUUCAUCUAUUGAGAAGAGAUUUGCUUAUGGUUUCCUUCAGAAGCUGUUAAAAUGGAUGGAAAUUGCUCAGGAGUUUAUUGCACAUCUUGAGGCUGUGGUGAGCAGUGGGCGUGUGGAAAAGUCUCCCCAUGAGCAGGAAAUCAAAUUUUUUGCCAAGAUCUUGAUGCCUCUAAUCAACCAAUACUUCAAAAACCACUGCCUGUACUUCUUGUCAACACCAGCAAAGGUUCUGGGCAGCGGUGGACAUUCUUCCAAUAAGGAAAAGGAGAUGAUAGCAAGUAUAUUCUGUAAAAUGUCUGCCUUGGUGAGACACAGAGUUUCUCUCUUUGGAACGGAUGCUUCAGCCAUCGUGAACUGUCUGCACAUUCUGGCACGCUCAUUGGAUGCUAGGACGGUGAUGAAGUCAGGGCCUGAGAUUGUAAAAGCAGGGCUGCGGUCAUUCUUUGAAAGUGCUGCUGAUGAUAUAGAGAAGAUGGUAGAGAACCUGAAACUGGGCAAAGUCUCUAAAGGCAAUCAGCAAGUUAAAGGUGUGUCCCAGAACAUUAACUACACCACCAUUGCCCUGCUCCCAGUGCUCACCUCCCUGUUUGAUCACAUUGCUCAGCACCAGUUUGGAGAUGAUGUCAUCUUGGAUGACCUACAGAUGUCGUGCUAUCGCAUCAUGUGUAGCAUCUACUCUCUCGGGACUGUCAAGAAUCCACAUGUUGAGAGGCAGAGGCCAGCUCUUGGAGAGUGUUUAGCUCAUCUUGCAGCAGCGAUGCCUGUGGCCUACUUAGAGCCUCAUCUUAAUGAGUUCAAUGCUUUCUCUGUCUACACCACAAAGACCCCCAGGGAGAGAGCCAUCUUGGGCCUUCCCAGUGAGGUCCAGGAGCUUUGUCCAGAUAUCCCGGAGCUUGACGUUCUUCUGAAGGAGAUUGGGGAUUUAGCUGAGUCAGGAGCUCGUUACACCGAGAUGCCUCAUGUGAUUGAAAUCACUUUGCCCAUGCUUUGUAACUAUCUGCUUCGCUGGUGGGAGAGAGGAUCUGAGAACUUCCCUGAGAUGGAGGGCCGACUCAGCACUGACGUCACGUCAGAACAACUUAACCAGCUGCUGGGCAGCAUCAUGAAGAUUGUAGUCAACAACUUGGGUAUAGAUGAAGCCUCCUGGAUGAAAAGGUUGGCUGUGUUUUCACAGCCCAUUGUCAGCAGGGCAAAGCCUGAGAUGCUCAAGUCCCACUUCAUCCCGACCAUGGAAAAACUGAAGAAGCGUACGUCCAAGGUGGUGGCUGAGGAGGACCAUUUGCGAAUGGAGGGGAAAUCAGAGGGGGAUGAAGAAGACGGUACCAUACGUGAUGAGUUUGCGGUCCUCUGUAGAGACUUGUACGCCCUCUACCCGUUACUCAUUCGCUAUGUGGACAACAACAGGGCACGGUGGCUGACAUGCCCUGAUCCAGAUGCAGAGGAACUCUUCCGCAUGGUUGGAGAGGUUUUUAUUUUCUGGUCCAAAUCUCAUAACUUCAAGCGAGAGGAACAGAACUUUGUGGUGAUGAAUGAGAUCAAUAACAUGUCAUUUCUUACUGCUGACAGCAAGAGCAAGAUGAGCAAGGGCGGGGACUCAGAGGGUGGAGGCUCAGAUGCUGAACGCACCAAGAAGAAGAGACGAGGGGAUCGUUACUCCGUCCAGACCUCACUUAUUGUGGCUGCCUUGAAAAAGAUGCUUCCCAUAGGUCUCAACAUGUGCUCUCCUGCCGAUCAGGAGCUCAUCAAUUUGGCCAAGAUCCGGUACUCGUUGAGAGACACUGAUGAAGAAGUAAGAGAGUUCCUGCAGAACAACCUACAUCUUCAGGGCAAGGUGGACAACCCAUCCAUGCGCUGGCAGAUGGCUCUGUACAAGGAGAUGUCAGGGAAGGCCGAAGAUGCUGACGCGCCACUCAAAGUUGUCAAGAGAGUGCAGGAGGUUUCAGCCGUCCUCUACCACCUCGAAGUGACAGAGCAUCCGUUUAAAUCUAAGAAGAUGGUGUGGCACAAACUGCUGUCCAAGCAGAGGCGCAGAGCAGUGGUUGCUUGCUUUAGGAUGACACCACUUUAUAAUAUACCAAGACACAGAGCCUCAAACAUGUUCCUCGAGGGAUACAAGCGCAACUGGCUUUACACGGAGGGCUACUCGUUUGAAGACAGGAUGAUAGACGACUUAUCUAAAGCCAUGGAGCAAGAGGAGGGAGAUGAAGAAGAGGAAAGAGAAACCAAGCCCGACCCCCUUCACCAGCUAAUUUUGCAUUUCAGUCGCACUGCUCUGACAGAGAAGAGCAAACUUGAUACCGAUCAUCUUUACAUGGCAUAUGCAGAUAUUAUGGCAAAGAGUUGCCAUAUUGGUGAGGAAGAAGAAGGGGGAGAGGAAAUGGUGGAGAGUGCUGAGGAUGAGAUGUCCUUUGAGGUGCGACAGUCAGAACUGGAAAAAGAGAUGGAGAAACAAAGGCUCCUGUACCAGCAGUCUAGACUACAUAACCGCGGUGCUGCAGAGAUGGUCCUGCAAAUGAUCAGCGCCUGCAAAGGAGAGACUGGCCCGAUGGUGUCUACCACCCUCAAGCUGGGCAUCUCUAUCCUUAACGGGGGAAACAGUGAGGUCCAGCGGAAAAUGCUGGAGUACCUGAAGGACAAGAAGGAUGUGGGCUUCUUUUUGAGUGUCCAGGCUCUGAUGCAGACAUGCUGUGUUCUGGAUCUAAAUGCAUUUGAGAGGCAGAACAAGGCCGAGGGGCUGGGCAUGGUUUCAGAGGAGGGCACAAACAUGAACCUAGAUCGGGAUGAGAAAGUGAUGGCAGAUGACGAGUUCACCUGUGACCUCUUUCGCUUUUUGCAGCUGCUUUGUGAAGGUCAUAAUAAUGAUUUUCAGAACUACUUGCGCACGCAGACGGGCAGCACAACCACCAUCAACAUCAUCAUCUGUACUGUGGACUACCUCCUCCGACUCCAGGAAUCUAUCAGUGAUUUCUACUGGUAUUAUUCUGGGAAGGACGUCAUUGAUGACCCAGGCAAGAAGAAUUUUUCCAAAGCUAUGACAGUGGCAAAACAGAUUUUCAACAGCCUAACAGAGUAUAUCCAGGGUCCAUGCACUGGCAACCAGCAGUCCCUGGCCCACAGCAGACUGUGGGAUGCAAUCGUUGGGUUCCUUCAUGUUUUUGCCCACAUGAUGAUGAAGUUGGCUCAGGACUCCAGCCAGAUCGGUCUGCUGAAGGAGCUUCUUGACUUACAGAAAGACAUGGUUGUUAUGUUGCUUUCGCUCUUAGAGGGGAACGUGGUAAAUGGCACCAUAGCUCGACAGAUGGUGGACAUGCUGGUGGAGUCCUCCAGCAACGUAGAGAUGAUCCUCAAGUUCUUUGACAUGUUCCUCAAACUCAAAGACAUUGUAGCUUCGGAUGCGUUCCGUGAUUACGUCACUGACCCUCGAGGGCUGAUCUCCAAGAAGGACUUUCAGAAAGCCAUGGACAGCCAGAAGCAGUACUCCCCCUCUGAGAUCCAGUUCCUGUUAUCCUGCUCGGAGGCAGAUGAGAACGACAUGAUCAACUAUGAGGAAUUCGCCAGUCGCUUCCAGGAACCCGCCAAGGACAUUGGCUUCAACAUCGCCGUGCUGCUGACCAACCUGUCUGAACACGUCCCCCAUGACACCAGGCUGCAGAACUUCCUAGGACAGGCAGAGAGCGUGCUGAAUUACUUCCGCCCCUUCCUGGGCCGUAUUGAAAUAAUGGGGGCCAGCCGAAAGAUUGAGCGUAUCUACUUUGAAAUCAGCGAAGUGAACCGCCGACAGUGGGAGAUGCCGCAGGUCCGCGAGUCCAAACGCCAGUUUAUCUUCGAUGUCGUCAAUGAAGGCGGCGAAUCAGAAAAGAUGGAAAUGUUUGUCAACUUCUGUGAGGACACCAUCUUUGAGAUGAACAUAGCCUCUCAGAUUUCAGAGCAGGAGGAAGAGGAGAAGGGGGAGGAAGAUGAUGAAGGAGAUGAAGGUGGAGGAGAGGGAGGUGCGGGAGGGGGAGGAAAUGGGGGAAGUGAUGAAGACGCCAAUGGAGACGAAGGCCAGCCUGAGUCAAGCUCUGCCUUCGCUGACUUUAUAAACAGCAUGCUAAGCUUCCUCAACAUCUUCACCUUCCGUAACCUGCGCAGGCAGUAUCGCAGAGUAAGAAAGAUGACCUUCAAGGAGAUCGUCGUGGCUUUGUCCACUUUCCUCUGGACCAUACUAAUGAGUAUACUGCAUUUCAUUUACAAUGUGUGCAAAGGCUUUUUUAUGAUCAUCUGGCAAACACUGUUCGGCGGUGGCUUAGUGGAGGGCGCUAAAAAUAUCACAGUGACUGAGAUUUUAGCCAGCAUGCCAGAUCCCACACAGGACGAUGUGCAUGGAGACGGACCCGGGGAACCCAGGACCGGGGAGGAGCAGGACACGGGAGGGGCAGCAGACACAGGAGAGACUGGGAGUGGAGAGGAAGAGGAGGAGGAUACGCAGGAGAAGGAGGGAGGGAGGCUACCAGGUAUGGAUGCUCCAGGUGGACUUGGAGACAUGGGUGUUGAGGCACCAGUGGAACCUCCAACCCCUGAAGGAACUCCCAUAACAAAGAGGAAAAUGCCACCUGAAGAGAGUGAUGCUUGCCAGAAACCACCCGAACCUGUUCCUGUAGAGGAACCGCCUCCAGAGCCCGAAAAGGCUGACGUUGAGACUGGAGAGAAAGCAGAGAAAGAAUCCCAGAGCAAGGACAGCAAACAGCAGGAAGAACCAAAGAAAUCUGCGGCUAAAAAGGAAAAGAAACUGAAGAGAGACGGAGGCUUUCAAAUCUGGACUGAACUGGAAACUCAGAGGAACAAGUUUAUGAAUUACCUCUCCAGGAACUUUUACAACCUGCGCUUCUUGGCUCUGUUCCUCGCAUUUGCCCUGAACUUUAUUCUGCUCUUUUACCGGGUGUCUGAAAUCCCACCUGAGGGCGAGGACAUGGAAGGGUCUGGAGACGAGCUUUUCGAAGGCUCUGGGUGGUUUGAAGGUUCAGGAGAUGAAGCUGAGGGAUCUGGGAUGAUGGAAGGAGGGGAUGAGGAUGAGGAAGAUGUGCCAGUUUAUUUCUAUUUAGAGGAGAGCACUGGCUACAUGCAGCCCACAUUGUCCUUCCUUGCCAUCCUGCACACCGUUAUCUCAUUCAUCUGCAUCAUUGGCUACAACUGCCUUAAGAUUCCGUUGGUGAUCUUCAAAAGGGAGAAGGAACUUGCAAGAAAGCUGGAGUUUGAUGGUCUGUACAUCACAGAGCAGCCUGAGGACGACGACAUCAAAGGCCAGUGGGACCGACUGGUCCUCAAUACGCCCUCUUUCCCAAACAACUACUGGGAUAAAUUUGUCAAAAGAAAGGUUCUGGAUAAGUACGGAGACAUUUAUGGUAGAGAACGAAUUGCUGAACUCCUGGGCGUGGACCUAGCUUCUCUCGAUGUGAGUCAGCAGCACGAGAAGAGACAAGGGGAACCAGACAACUCUACGUUUGCUUGGGUGACGUCCAUGGACCUCAAAUACCAAGUGUGGAAGUUUGGUGUUGUGUUCACAGAUGGCACCUUCCUUUACCUCUGCUGGUACCUGAUAAUGUCUUUGCUCGGCCAUUACAACAACUUCUUCUUCGCCUGCCACUUGCUGGACAUCGCCAUGGGCGUCAAGACGCUGCGCACCAUCCUGUCCUCAGUCACACACAACGGCAAACAGCUCAUGAUGACAGUGGGCUUGUUGGCUGUGGUGGUUUACCUCUACACUGUGGUCGCCUUCAAUUUCUUCCGCAAGUUUUACAACAAGAGUGAGGACGAAGAUGAACCCGAUAUGAAAUGCGACGACAUGAUGACAUGCUACCUGUUCCACAUGUACGUGGGCGUGCGCGCCGGUGGAGGCAUCGGGGACGAGAUCGAGGAUCCUGCUGGAGAUGAAUACGAGCUUUAUCGAGUGGUCUUUGAUAUAACCUUCUUCUUCUUCGUCAUUGUCAUUCUGCUGGCUAUUAUUCAAGGCCUGAUUAUUGACGCCUUUGGAGAACUCAGAGACCAACAAGAGCAGGUCAAGGAAGACAUGGAGACAAAAUGCUUCAUAUGCGGCAUUGGAAGUGAUUACUUUGACACAACACCACACGGAUUUGAGACCCACACUUUUGAUGAACACAACUUGGCUAAUUACAUGUUUUUCCUAAUGUACCUAAUCAACAAAGACGAGACAGAGCACACGGGACAGGAGUCCUAUGUGUGGAAGAUGUACCAGGAGCGCUGCUGGGACUUCUUCCCUGCCGGAGACUGUUUCCGGAAGCAAUAUGAGGAUCAGCUUUCCUAGUCAACAUUUACUUCAUGUUCAUCAUUCCUGACAGCACUCGCAACGAAAAGAGCUUCACGAGCAUCAACACAAACAUUGGUGUCCUCCAAGCCGAGAAUUCUUUGUUUUUGGUUUGUUUUUUUGCAACAGUACAGUCUUUCUUGAAUUGCUGAGUAAAGAAAGAUCUUUUUUUAAAUGCAGUUUUUAGUUUUUGGUUUAACUUUGUGUAAUCUUUGAGUAAAGAUAAGUUAAAGCAGAGCUAAAGCACUUUUUAUGUGAGAACGUUAUGUGCCUUUGGAACAUAAGUAGCUUCUAUUAGGACAUGUUGUGCAUUACAUAACAGGAUGUUAUGCAUAUACUGUACAUCUACUAUACAUAUACAGUAUAUAUACAGUAUGUUUAUAUAUAUAUAUAUAUAUAUAUAUAUAUAUAUAUAUA